CUGCUUGAAAAUGCAAAAUGGUCCUAUGUAUCAAAUGGGAGACUUCCUAUUACGCACAGCUGCCACUAUACAUCUUGCAGUAAAAGGUUGUCAUCCUGUUUUACAUCCACUUAAUGACAGUUGAAGUCUAAUCUAUAACUACUGUAAUAUUCAUUCAGAGUAAACAAACCCCAGUAUGUUUAAGGAUUCAGCAGAGCAUAUUGGUACAGGCAGCUGUAUGUUGUGGCUGCUGGACUGUCUGCUGAGUUGAGAAGCCAACCUAAAGCCCUGCUCCUGAUCUGAGUGAAUCCUUACUUCUUUAGAGAACAGCCAUUGCAAGGGUCAUGGGCCAUGGAGGAUGCCAACAACUUCAGAGAUAAGGUCCUGGAGCCUGCUUUCUAUUUUCUCUAAAUAAGCACUGUGCAUCCUCCCAUCAGAUGAGCUGAAUUCAUGAGUCUCUGGUUGCUCAUUGUGCUUUUAGUGUUUCGUAGUAACUUCACAUGACAUACGAGAUUCUAGCACUGGGACUAUUAGAGCCAUAUAAAUGUCAGGCUUAAAUUGUUGCACUGUUUUAAGAUUUUAGGCUUUCUUCUAAUAAAGGGAAAGUAAAUUAAUAUAUUUCCUGUUGGUGUGUUAAGAUAUGUCAGCUAAAUCGUGAAUGUUGGCAUUUUAAUGUUUUUGGUGCUAUACCAUCAUCACAGAAAAGGCCACUACUUUCUCUGUGACCUGUGUAAUCACAGGGACCUACCAAUGAUGUUAUAUUUUGCUCUCUGAUAUGGUUCCUUUGGAUGAAAACUAGUGCAUUUGGAAGCCCAGGGUCUGCUGGGAAGUAGGAACAGUGAGGCAGAGGCAGAAAAUGUUGAGUGUAACACAGUCAGUUAGCCCUGAUGGGACAGAUUUGUUAUAUGCUCUGCUCAUCUGGCCUGGAGUAGUAUUUCUGUAUGAUAUAGGGUGACAAAGAGCCAUCUAGAUGACAGGUUGCCACUUCUCAUUGCUUGAAAGUGAUGCAUCUAUAGGAAAAAAAUCAAUUUUCUAAAUGAGAGCAGUGAGUAGACGUAACUGGAAUAAGCAGCAAACUAAUGGACUUGAGCAGGCUGGCCUGAAUAGAGAGGCAUUUAUUCUCUUGAGCACAGCAGCAGAAUCAUGCCCCCAGGUUGGUGCUGCUGGCCACAAUGCAAAUAACUAACUACAAACAAGGAAAUAAUUUGGACUAACAUUUUAUUGCUUUUAAAUUAUAAGCCUGAAAGCAUAUCUUUCAGCAGGUCAAAACAGUGGUGAAGUGGGUGUGUUCGCAGCACUGUCUGAAUAUCAGAGCUUUACAGGGCUUUUCAGAUUGAGAAAAUUCUGGCAUUGUUCCCCUAUUUGUUUUUUCCAGAUGGAAAGAAGUGAUUAGCCCUUUAAUGGAGAUGCGAAUCGGGGCUGGUACACGCCCCUUUUGGCUGCUUGCUUUCACUUGAUGGAUGUUCUGACAUGGAGGAAGAACAUUAAGGUGUUUCUUCUGUCCUGUGGAUUUAAAACCAAACAGCAAAGUCCAUUCCAAAAGGUGGAGAAUUUAAGUAUAUGCAGAUAGAGCUGUGGCUCAUCAGGUUGACAGCCUUCAUUCUACAGAUUCACUAUGAAAAAUAAGAACAUGCAGCACAGAAAACGUAAAAUUAUUAUGGUCUGUCUUUCUUGGGAAGCUGAGUACUGGAGUCUCUGUUGUGUCUAAGGGCAGUUUGUACAGAAGAUGUUCAGAACACGGUUGGGAUCAACAAGGUCAAAUCAUGGAAAAUGCUAUAUAGUAAAUAGAAAAUGGCUAAGUGGUGUUUCCACCAGUGGCUUUUACUAUGUUAUGUGCCAUGUGCAUAUAACAAAAAGAAGGAAUGAAAGGAGUGGAGCAGAGUACAGCUGCCUGCUUUCACUGAAUUCUGGACAGGGCAUUUCCUUACUGUUCUGAAGCUGUUCUGCUUUGUCCCAGAUUUCUGGUGAGGCUUCAGACAAGAUACACCUGGACUCUGGUCAUUACAAGCCUCAUUCUUUAUGGUCUGAGUUACCUGCACGGUAAUAAGGCUUGUGACUACUGAGUCACUGCUGAGAUAUUGAAUAUACAUCGAAUACAACAGACAGAACCAUAACAAUGGAAAAGUAAGACUUCUCAGCAAGUGGCAGUAUUUGUGAUUAUCUCAAGGCAGAGGAAAAAAAGCAGCCUGUGCAAUUUAGCAGAGGGAACUUAAUGUUCUUUCUUGUAAGAGGCUGCAAAUAAAAGCAAGCUACAACUCACCGCUGAUUUAUGUAACUGAAAAUCUUGCUGCAUUGUGCACAGAGCUAUUAAGGGGAGCAAAUGGCAAGUUAGGAACAAAUGAACGCUCUGUAAACUCAAGCUUAAAGUAAAUGUUGGAAAUUAUUCAGUAAAUAAUGAAAUUGAGCAUACUUGAGGUGCACAGGUGUUGAGAAGUGAAUUUCUUGGUCACAUGAGCUUGUCUGUAGGGCUGGUAUUUUGACCCCUUCAAAAGAGAAGUCUUAAAUCCAGGUCAUGUUGAGAGGUGGCCCUGCAUGUUGUGUGGGGUCUGUCCUUCAGAAAAGAGCCUGAAGCCCUGCUGGAAACAUUUUCUCUGUUAUCAAAGACCAAAAUACAAACAAUUCUUGCUUCACAGCAGCAGAAACGCUUGCUCAAACAUGUGAAGCAAUGAUGUCAGUGGAAACAUCACCCAGAGUGGGCCAGCCCAGUGUUGUGGGAUGGCACUUGGAGGGAUCCCAUCACGUUACAAGGGAAACUUGGCUCUGUAUUAGGGACUGCAGCUGGCCUGCCCUUGGAUUCUGUUCCUGCCUUGCUCCUGGGAAGCUCCCUUUGAAGCAGCCUGGUGGGAGCUGCUGUGCACUGCCACUUUAAGGCAUGCAUGCACUUCCAGGCUCAGGUCCUGCCACUGCUGCAGCUCAGGGCGAGAUCUUCUGCUUCAGGGCUCCGGACUGCUCUCUGCUCUGUAACGCUUGGCUGCUUCUGAGACGCCUGGCCAGGGGCUCAAGGCUUCCUCCCAGCGUGGCAGAGUCCCACCUGGUGCUGGGGCAGCUGCCACCAUGGAAGCAGCACCGGGCGCUGCUGCUGCUGCAGCAAAACCUGCGAAGUCCUGCAAGAAGUAUCGGAUGGUGAAGCGACACGCCAACAUCUACACCUACCAGGAGCCACCCCACAGCAACUCAGAUGAGGAUAUCAGUGAAGAGAAGGCUGACAGCCAUGACCCAGAGCAGGUCUUCCAGAACAUCCAGUACCAGAAGGAGGUCAUGUCCAACAUCCGCUGCAGGCCGUGGCCGAUGAGGCAAAAGCUGCGGGCGCUCAGACAGGCAAAGGAGAUUGUGCUGAAGUACGAAGGGAGGCUCACUAGAACCAGAGGUUACCAGGCUGCUGGUGCGGAGCUUUGGAGGAAGUUUCUUCGAUUGGCAUAUAAUUUUGUGGUGCUCUUUAUUCCUUGGGAAAUGCGAAUUAAAAAAAUUGAGAGUCAUUUUGGGUCUGGAGUUGCUUCUUACUUCAUCUUCUUGAGAUGGUUAUUCGGAAUCAAUAUUGUACUUACCAUAAUGACAGGAGCAUUCGUAGUCUUACCAGAGCUACUGGCCGGCGCCCCAUUUGGCAGCACUGUCAGCAAAACCAUUCGUCAGGAGGACCUGAAAACUGCACAGGACCUGGAUACCAUCUGGUCACUCGGGGGCUACCUCCAGUACUCUGUUUUGUUUUAUGGCUACUAUGGCAGUGAUAGGAAGAUUGGGAAAGCAGGAUACCGGCUGCCUCUUGCCUACUUCCUGGUUGGCAUGGCAGUGUUUGCUUACAGCUUCAUCAUCCUCUUAAAAAAAAUGGCGAAGAACUCAAGAAUGAGUUUAGCAAGUGCUUCUGAUGAAAACUACACUUUCUGUUGGAGGCUGUUCUGUGCCUGGGAUUAUUUAAUAGGAAACCCUGAGGCUGCAGAGAGCAAAGCGGCUGCCAUAGUUAACAGCAUUCGGGAAGCUAUACUGGAAGAGCAGGAAAAGAAGAAAAGCAAAAACCUGGCAGUGACAAUCAGCUUAAGGAUUAUUGCAAACAUCCUCGUGCUUCUCUCACUCACUGGAAGUAUUUACAUCAUUUACUUUGUCGUGGAUCGAUCCCAAAAGUUAGAAAGCAAGAAGAGGGAAUUGACUCUGUGGGAAAAAAAUGAGGUGAGCGUAGUUGUGUCACUGAUUACCAUGAUUGCACCCUCUGCUUUUGAACUCGUGGCAGCUCUGGAGAUGUACCAUCCGAGGACCACACUUCGCUUUCAGCUUGCAAGAGUUCUUGUUCUCUAUCUGGGAAAUCUCUACAGUUUGAUCAUUGCUCUCCUGGAUAAAGUGAACAGUAUGAGUGUCACUGUUGACAGCAAUUCAAGUAAUUCUGCCCCCUCUUUUGCAACUGGAACUCCUCCUAAAGAAGACAAUUUAUCUGCAACUAUUUCUGAUGUGCAAAUGAAUAGCAACAAAUCUCACGCUCAAAGCUUGCCAACCCCUGAUUCGCUGGUUAACAACACAGCUUCCUCUAACACUGCCCAGAAUCAGUGCUGGGAGACCUACGUUGGUCAAGAGAUGCUAAAGCUGUCCAUCAUCGACAUGAUAUUCACAGUCGCGAGCAUCCUGCUAAUUGAUUUUUUCCGUGGACUGUGUGUCCGAUAUUUAAGUGAUUGUUGGUGCUGGGACUUAGAAAGCAAGUUUCCAGAAUAUGGUGAAUUCAAAAUUGCAGAGAAUGUACUGCAUUUGGUCUACAAUCAAGGAAUGAUCUGGAUGGGAGCCUUCUUUUCACCUUGUUUACCGGCAUUCAAUGUCCUCAAGCUGAUUGGUCUCAUGUACCUGAGGAGCUGGGCUGUGUUAACGUGUAACGUACCACAUCAACAGGUUUUCAGAGCCUCACGAUCCAAUAAUUUCUACUUGGCCAUGUUGCUGUUUAUGUUGUUUUUAUGCAUGUUACCAACAAUUUUUGCUAUUGCCCGAUACAAGCCAUCUCUUAACUGUGGGCCCUUCAGUGGACAAGAAAAAAUAUAUGAUAUUGUUUCUGAUACAAUUCAAAAUGAUUUUCCUGUUUGGUUCAACUCAGUGAUUACUUAUAUCAGCAGUCCUGUGGUGGUCCUCCCUGCACUCUUACUUUUAUUCAUGCUGAUCUAUUACCUACAAAGUAUUGCAAGAUCGCUGAAAUUCACCAACAAUCAGCUGAGAAUGAAGAUCCAAGCAGAAAGAACUGAAGAUAAGAAAAAGGUGGUUCAGAUGGCAGUAGCCAGAUUCCAGAGUCUGGAUGGGAGUGACAAAAGACCAGACCAAGAUGGUGGUCUUAUUAGCCAGGAGUCUUCUGUUCGGGCCUCAACCCCACGGAAGAAUGGCAGCGUCCUGAAUUUUGAAUCUCCUGUGAGCAAAGGCACCAGAAUACAAACCAUCUCCCAGUCUGUGCCCCACACCAUGCCCUCGACUGAUGUAGCAAGACCUGUCAACACAACUCCCACAUCUUCAGCUUCUUUAGUGCCAGCUCCCUCAGUAUCAAGCGUACAGAAACCAAGAAACGACCAUAGCACAAACAGGUAUCCAGGUGUUGUGCAUGGGAGUGCAAGUGAGCUCUGUAAAACAAAGCCCUACACACCAGUGACUUUCAAGAAGCGUAUUGAAGACGUUCACUCUGAGCCCCUCUUUAGAAAAAGCAUUCGGCAGGUAAAUCCAGAUGCUUUUGGAGCAGGGGCUCCUGUUUUUGUGGGACGCAGACCACAUGCUACCAGGUAUUUUGUUGUUAAUGAAAAUGAACCCCGCAAAAAAUCAGCCCGUGCUACAUCCAGACUCCAAAGGCAAUUCCGAAUAGAAGAGCCAGAAGAUAUUGUUGAGUUGUAUCCGUGCAAUGUCAGAAGAUACGUGGUUCAAACACCACAACGCGUGUAUUCUCCUCAUCCCAGUGAGGAUGAGGAAGACGAAGAGGAACUUGGGAGACGCUACAUGAAAAGAUCCCAUCGUCCUCGGUCACUGUCUGACCUUCGCCCAGCACCACGAUUUUACAUAGGGGAGCGUGCGGAUGGCCAUGUGCUUAUGAACAAAGAUGUAGCCAAAGGGCAUUACAAAUCUUGGGAUGAUGAUUUUGAGCUAGACCUGGACAGGCCUCCAUAUGCCUACAAGAAAGUGCACUUGAAAAAUGUUGAAGUUGAUCAGCACUAUCUUGAGCCACAUGUGAAACCUAAAACGAAGCAUGUGCUGGAGCAGUCUCUAACAGAAUCUGAUUCCGUUUCCAUUGAAUCGAGCAGUGAUCCGCAGAACAGCAGCAAUGACCAAUACAUCCAGGUCAUUCACAGCAAGGAAAAGUACCUGAAACCUGGGACAAAACUCCCCAAAAAGAAACCAAAAAACAGUACUGAACUGAACAUGUCUGAGCCUAAUGAGCUGGUAUGCUCAAAUGUCUGAGAUAGUGCCCCAACCUUUUUGUGUUUAGAACGUGUGUUCAUGCAGUCAUUGUACUUGCUGUUUGAAGUCUAUUAGAAUAACUACCGCAGUCAGCCAUUCAAGGUGGGAAAAGCAUAGUUAGUCCUGUGUUUUACUGUUAACUGUACCCUGCUUUGAUAUCAUUCCCAUUUAUUACAUGUUAUGCUGUUUAAAAAUGAAACAACAACAACAAAAAACUGUUGGAAAAUCAAAAGCAAUGUAUUUGGGGCACUUAAAUUAAACCUGUAUACAAGUA